AGAUUACCUCCUCAUGUUCCAUCAUACAUUCCCUAUAUUGGUCACGCUAUAUCCUUCGCUAGAGAUCCAAUACAAUUUUUAAGACGUCAACAUCAAAAGUAUGGUGAAGUAUUUAGUUUUACUGUUCUUGGUCAAACGCUAACAUACUUGGUUGGUUCACAAGCAAGUCAAACAUUUUUCAAUUCCAAAAAUGAAGAUUUGAACGCUGAAGACAUCUAUUCUCGCUUCACUACUCCUAUCUUUGGACGAGGAGUCGCUUAUGAUGUUCCACAUAAGGUCUUUCUGGAACAGAAAAAAAUGUUAAAAUUUUCACUGACCAAUGGCAGAUUUCAGUCAUAUAUACAAAUAAUCGAAGAAGAAACGGAAAGUUAUAUAAAAUCUUGGAAUGAUGAAGGACACCAAGAUUUGCAACAAAUAUUUACGGAAUUGAUGUUGAUGACAGCAAGUCGAUGCCUCCAUGGCAAAGAAAUUCGAGGAAUGUUGAAUAUUAAAGUAGCCAAAUUAUAUCGGGACUUAGGCAAGGGCUUUUGCUACGCUGCCUGGCUAUUACCCAGUUGGCUACCAAUUCCUACCUUUAGGAAUCGAGAUAAGGCCAAUAAAGAAAUGAAAAUUAUAUUCGAUCAGGUUAUUGAUAAGAGAAUAGAAAAUAAUGUGAUCGAAGAUGAUAUUCUCGACACUUUAAUGAAUUCCAAGUAUAGAAAUGGACAAUAUUUAAGUAAGAAUGAAAUUUCUGGAAUGUUACUUGGUUUUUUACUUGCUGGACAGCAUACUUCUUCGACAUCAAGUUCAUGGUUAGGAUUUUAUCUUGCUAAAAAUAAAUUAUGGCAGGAUUCCUGCUUUAAAGAGCUACAAGAAGUUAGCGUUACUGAAAACAAUUCUAUUGACUCUGAUAAGUUAAAAGAACUAAAUACAUUGGAAUGCUGUAUCAAAGAAGCACUACGAUUAAGGCCACCAGUUAUGACAAUGAUUAGAUCUGUUAAAACUCCACAGCAUUACAAGAACUUCUAUAUUCCAGUCGAACACCAAGUUUGCGUAUCUCCAACGAUCAAUCAAUCAUUACCGUCUGUUUGGAAAGACCCAGAAGUUUUUAACCCUGAUAGAUUCAAAGGCGAUGGUUGCUUUCGAAAUGAAAAAUUUUCUUAUAUACCUUUUGGUGCAGGUCGGCAUAGAUGCAUUGGAGAAAUUUUUGCUUAUUUGCAAAUGAAAACCAUAUGGACGGUGCUAAUUCGACAUUUUGAAUUUGACUUGAUAAAUGAUUACUUUCCUACGGUUAAUCAUAGUAGCCUAAUUCAUACACCAAACAAUCCGGUUAUUGCAUAUAAAAGAAGAAAGUGA